CAAAGGCCAUUCACACUGAGGAACAUGACCAGGAUCCUGCUUGCUGUCCUGAUGCUGAUGCAGACUCUGCAUUCUUCAGGAUUACCAGUGAAUGACAACAAUGAGAGUUUCAUCAGAGCAGCCCUGAAUGCUUCUCUUGCUUAUGUAAACAGCCAGUCCUGGGGAACCAACCUUCUUAGGGUGACCAAGACUUAUGUAAAGAGGGUAGAUUAUCUGAGGGAUAGUGACAAAGAUCUUUAUAUAUCUCUGGAAUUCGGCGUACGAGAGACCACAUGUAAUAAGAAUGCUGCUACUGAUCCCGCAUCAUGUGACUUUAGAAUGGAUCUCUAUGAAGACUGGUCCUGCAAAAGCAACGCGUUAAUCUCUGAGGGGCAACCCAGAGUCUUGAGUGCAGAAUGUCACCUACCCAGCUCCAGCUCCUCUGAAUCAGACAGUAGUGAAGAGAGGAUGAUCUGGAAACCGAAACCACACAGAGCACGUGUUAAGCAAAACUCAGAGAGAUUCCCUUCACCAUGGGAUCCAUUUGGAAGAAGGAGUUACAAUGAAAACCCACUGUGGGAAGAAGAAUCCUGGAGCAUGCCUAAGUGGGAAUAGAUCCCAGUCACAGUUACACAUCUCUACCAAAUUCCAGUUUCAGUAAAGAGGUCUGUGUCAGAAUCGAGUAACUGAGAGCUCCACCAGAUUCCAGAUUCACACAGACAUGGAAAUUUCACAUAUAUCAGUUUCGGUGUAAGGCUCUCACAUUUACAAAAAGCUAUACAAGGCCCCCCCUAGAUACCAUUAACAUUUAAACAUCUACCUGAGAUGUGAAAGAACUCCCUCAGCUUAUAGUCACUAUGAGAUAUCCCAAUUAUAUUUUAGUUGCAGUUACAAAUCUGGCCCAUAUUUAGAUUACAGAGUCCAUUUACAAUCUGAGAUCUCCCUCAUAUUCAAGUUGACAUCUCUGAUAUCUCCCCAUCCUUAAUGAAGAUGAUAGCUUUGUUUUCAGUCACAGAGACAAAUUAUCACUAGACUGUAGUCAUAGUGAGAGGUCAGCUACUCUUAUAACAUAGCUAGGUGGUUUCCUAUACUUACUCACAGUUAACAUUGAGACCCUACCCCAGAUAUUAGGUACUGUGUAAGUAAUAUACAAUCCCAGAUUUCAGUCGGCGUAAUAAUUCUCCCCAGAUUUAGGUGACAAAAAGAGUUCCCCUACUGUAUUGUAAACGAACUUCAAUAUUAGACAACAGCAUAAUAAUACUGCAAUAAACAUAUUCAAACAUC